AUGCUUCGUGACUGUGAAUCAUUUUUCUUCCAUUCCGGGAAUGAAACGGGAAUGGUUUGGCAUCAAACAAAGAGGAACGACCAUGGCAUACCGGCCAAAUUUGCUUCAAGCAAAGUCGUAACGUCGUUCCUCAACCAACACGAUCUGUGGUUUGGUUCGUGCUUAGUCAGCAAGACGACGGGGAUGUCCUCCAUCGAGAAGAAAGUACGGGACGACACUGCAGAAUCCGAAACAGUUCUAUUUGCUGAAGAAACCGAAGCAUUUGCCCUGGUUAAAUAUAUUGGUCAAGAAGGUGUGGAUUACGAUGUUCCGCUAAAAAGGUUGCGGUCAAUUUUUGACAAAUACCUGGAAUGCCCUAGCUUGCUGGAUUCCGUUCUCGAAGCUUUGACGAAGCGGUUGGCAGAGACGGCACAAAACGACCUUCGUACGGAUCAGCAAGAUAAUUAUAGAACGAUGCGCUAUGCGCUAUCGGCAUUGUACGCUUUAGCCAAAGUCCGCGGACGGAAAAUCAUUCAGCGAUUUUUACCUCAUGCGGUGGACGAUGUGGAACCCAUUUGGAAAGCUUUGCAACAGGUCCUUCGCUGGCAGGCAGUAAAAUCAGAUGAGGUUGCUCCAUCGAAAGGGCCACCGAUUUGGGAAUCAAUCUACAUGCUUUGGAAUUGGAUGGGAGUUCUUAGCUUGGUACCGUUUGAUUGUGAUAUUUUGGCUGACAAAAGCUUAGUUCAAGCUCUCAUGAAUUCGGGAAAGACCUCUCUCCAAGAAGCUGGCCCAAUUCGGGACGCAGCAGCGACGUGCCUCGCUUCUUGGAUGUCAAGACCUGAUCUGGAAGCCGUGGAAAUCCCGGACUUUGUCCGAUGGAGCACUGACGUCAUCGAAGCGUACAGCCGACAAAGAUCGAAUGUGAAUCUAUUUCGAACACUCGGCGUGUUGCAAACAUGUUGCGCAGCCUUGAAAUUAUCAUCCGUUUCACGAAAAAGGUUACUUUUCCAUUUCCAAGCACUGUGGGAUCCUUUGCUAGACUUGUCUCAAACAAUUAGAGAUGAUUUUUCCCUACAAAAGCUGCUUAUCAAGUGGUGGAGCCGAAUGAGCUGUGCCCAUUUACCGCCUCGGGUAGCAACAUGGAGAUACCAACGAGGAAAGCGCUCAUUGUUAAACAAUGUUCGCCCUAUAGCGUCCGCACACGAUUCUACUUUACUGACUUCUUCUUUGGCCCACGACGAAAUCGAGAAAGAUUCUAUUUUUCUCGUUCCAGAUGAGGUUGAAGACGCACUUGGACGGAUUUUGGAGGGACUCGGGCACUUAUCGACAAUAGUUCGAUGGUCGGCUGCAAAAGGAGUAGGUCGAGUUACUGAACGCCUCCCAGAACUUUGCGGGGAAGAUGUCCUCGACGCCGUCCUGGAGUUUUUCGACGACGAAGAAAACGAUCGAUUAUGGCAUGGAGGGUGCCUGGCUCUAGCUGAAUUGGCUCGGCGAGGACUCUUGCUUCCGGCGAGACUGGGAGAGGUAAUUCCGCAAGUUAUACGCGCCAUCCAAUUCGAUUUACAGAGUAACCACAGUAGCGUUGGUGCACACGUACGCGACGCAGGAUGCUAUACAUACUGGGCGUUUGCAAGAGCCUACAGCCCGGAAGUGAUGAAACCAUAUCUAAGCAGUCUAAGCAAGGCGAUUGUUUUGACAAGCUUAUUCGACCGGGAAGUCAAUUGCAGGCGAGCUGCCUCGGCCGCCUUUCAGGAAGCUGUCGGUCGCCAAGGAGCAGCAAAUUUUCCGAAUGGUAUCGCGAUUUUAACAGUGGCUGACUACUUUUCGCUGGGGAAUAGAAGACAUGCGUACACAUCGCUUGCGUUCCAAAUCGCUAAAAUGGAUGGCUACACAAGACCACUAAUACGUCACCUCCAAAUGGUCAAACUUUUUCAUUGGGAUAUCACAAUCAGAAAGCUCAGUGCAGAGACACUCGGAAUCAUGUCUGCCAUUGAUCGAGACUACGUGAUGUUAGAUGUUUUACCUUUUCUUCUAGAAAAGUCCCUGGAUGUUAAAAACUUGCGCAUUCGUCAUGGAGCUACGUUAGGUGUUGCCGAAAGCCUACUUGGGCUUUCAAAAACAAAAGCCCACGAAGGGUUGCCAGAGGCAAUUUUAGUCGACAUCACGUUGCUUGUCGAUGAAAUCGAGAAGAAACGCCUCUACAGAGGUCGCGGGGGAGAAAUCAUGCGUUCUGCUGUAUGCCGUCUUAUUGAAUGCAUUGCCAUCGCCAAGCUUCCCCUUUCCGUGCAAGAGCAAGUCCGUUUGCUUGAUUCGAUCGACGCCAGUAUUCCACAUCCCUCUGAAUCAAUACAAGAUAAUGCAUGUUGCGCAUUGCAGGUGCUGUUAGUCUCAUACUUCCCGGUUGGUGUGAACGGUCCGUCUCAGAGACUUCAAAGGCGCAUAGUUGACAAAUUCGUCAACAUAAUUUCGAAUGAGACGAAUCCAGCAGCAACGCGUGGAUAUGUAAAGGCAAUAGGCUACCUACCGGCUAAACUUUUAGCCCCAAAUAGAUCCGUUCUUGCUGGGAUUAUCGAUUGUCUGCGGAAGGCAGCAAGGUACGAUUCCCUGGUGGGAGGAGAAAGCGAUGCUGAAUCACGAAGAAACUCCUUGCAAUCUCUGUCUUCCAUAGCUUCCGAGGUCGGGAUUGUUGAUGUAUCAAGACAGAGUGAGAACCCGCAAGUUUCGCUCGGGCGAAACCUUUUAGAUACUGUUUUUGACUGUUUUUUCCUGGGUCUGGAGGACUACAGCAUCGACCGCCGUGGCGACGUGGGCUCGUGGAGUAGAGUUGCGUCCAUGGAUGCGAUGGUUGAACUUCUCACAAAGGUGGCUGCUAUUCCAAACCCCACCUUGUUCGACCAAUCCGUUCCUUACCGUGUUGUAAGCUCAAUCGUGAAGCAGCUGUCGGAAAAGAUUGACUCUGUCCGACAGAAGGCAGGAGAUUGCUUGACACGCGUAAUGCUUUUGUCCUCUAUCGCUGUUUUUGUGCCUUGUCGAGCGGAGAUCGUGGAAGCCCUUGGAAUUGAAGAUGAGAACGACCACAACUGGAGUGAUGCCUCUUUUACCUUUCCACGGGUUGUAAAACUCCUUUCGUUGAAUAUCGAAAAAGGAGAAGAUCAAAGGUGUGGCGCUUUGUACUACACGAGCGUUCUCUCUGGACUGAUCGUAAGCGCAGGUGGACUGACCGAAAGUGUAAAUAAGGAGGCUUCCUUUGUUCUCAUUGAAUUUGCCAAACAAUGUCAAGGCACACGCGAGCUAGAGAAGCUAGCAACUUGUUUGAUGGAUUUGUUUGAAGAGCACGUUGGAAAAGGGCGCUUCGUUCUACCACUUUUGAAGACGCUAGAAAAAAUGUUGGCAUACAGAGUUUUUGACACUUUGCUACUGGAUCCGCAAACGAGCCACUUUGCCACGCGUUGCAUGGAUUGUCUUGUUCGCGAGGAGCGCUCGUGUCGCGAUGUACCUCGAUUACUCCAAUUGACCAAGGUUAUCGUUGCGUUACUACCCGGCGUACCCGAUGCGGUUGAGCAUAGAGGUGUAGCUCUUUUAUGCAAACUAACCAGCCAUCCGUUUCCAAGGGUUCGCAGUCACACAGCCGAGCAGUUCUAUCUUGUGCUGCUGGAAAAUCAAGGGUUCGGGUCUUCGUCGAAUCCAAAGGUACUGGAGAUAAUUUUGACUACUCCUUGGGGGUCCGAAUUGGACAACUUGUUUCUAAGCGACAAGACAAAAGAAGUUGCUGAGCAUCUAGCCGUUUUACGAGAGCUGGAAGAUUUGUGCACUAGAUAA